UCUUCUACAGUCGUUCAUGAGAGAGCACAUCAAAAGCGGCGUCCAAUCAGUCUGCAUCAAGUGCGGAAGUAAUUUCUGUGUGUCAGAGACGUCGCAGAAUUCGGUCAUCGAGCAAACGCUUUCAUCUAGGCUCCACGAAUAAUCGCGCCGAUGCACAAUUCACUCCACCCUGUUGACUACUGAGCGGAUUCGAGCGGUGAAAAUGCGUGUGCAGCAGCGGCAGUAUACGAAGUGGUAACGAUAAGCCGAGUGCGCACUCUUUGCCAUCCGUUCUGGAUCAGAUGCGGUUUCGAUUGUGCUUGCUGGCGACCUUGUUGCAGCUCUUUGUAACAGUUCCGGCCAACCGGAUCCUUUUCUCUGUGAUCAACUUCCAGAAAUGCUUGGGAGGGCUCUGCAUUUUGCCGGAACUGUGUCGACCAGUGAGCGAGAACGUCUACGAUGAGAUCCAUCUAAACUUUUUCAGCUCAGACGAAUGUGGAAGCGAAAGCUUGAAAUGUUGUCCAAACGAGCGCAUAGUGCGGCAACCGAAGUUUGAAGCUCCAGAUGAGAGAGAAUUGGUGUGUGCGGCAAGAAAUAACAAUGGAGUUGGGAAUCUACCGGUGACCCAGGACAAGUUCCAAUCAAGAUAUGGAGAAUUUCCAUGGAUGGCGUUUGUGUACGUGAUUGAUGCCGGAUACGAAGUCUACAUGUGCGGUGGAACGCUGAUUCAGUCAAAAGUGGUCCUCACCAUCGCCCACUGCAUCGAAAACAUCCAAACGAGCAAGCUGAAGGUGCGUUUCGGCGAAUGGGAUCUGGAAAACAUGGUCGAGAUCUAUCCACCGCAGGACCGUUCCGUACUGAAAACCAUCAUUCAUCCUCAGUACUAUGACGAGUUGUUGCACAACGACAUAGCAAUACUUUUUCUCAACGAUCACGUAAGCUUCACCGAAGUGGUUGGCACUGUGUGUCUUCCUCCUCAAAAUGCCAAUUUCGACAAAAAGAAGUGCGUUUUCUGUGGUUGGGGAGAGGACACUUUGGGGCGAAACUCGUCGAUUCUGAAACGGACAAAGCUUCCGAUUGUACCGCGAGACGAGUGUGAACUCGUGCUCAGCAAGAUACUGCACAGUCCGUACUUUAAGUUACACGAAAGUUUCCUCUGCGCUGGGGGUGAAUCCGGGAAGGAUGCGUGUCGGGGCGAUGGAGGAUCACCGUUGGUUUGCAGGAUACCACAUUCGGAGAACCAGUACUACUUGGUUGGAUUAGUGGCGUUCGGAGCGCGCUGCGGGGCACGUGGGGUUCCAGGUGUUUAUGUUAAUGUUCCUUACUAUCGUGAUUGGAUCGACGGAGAGAUUGAAAAAAUGUAUCACGUUGAUUUAUUUGUAGAUUAGUGCUAAGAUAAGUAGAUUAAAGAAAUGAUAUUAUUUUUAAGGAUUUUAAA